GCGACGUUACCCCUCGCAACAGAAAGCGUUCGCGACAGUCUGCAAGCAUCAGGACAUAAACCAUUUUAAUCUAAGAUAAGUUCCCCGAUUAAAGCAACCGUAAAAUAUAACAGAUUUGGUCAUGCCUAAAAUAAGCUCGGACACAUUAUGGGAUGUGGCUGCGGCGGAGGUUCGCAAAAGAGAGAACAGGGCUGACGAUGAAGAGGAUUGUGAGGAACACGCGCACUUUCUCACUGACAGAACGGUUUUCUUUAUGGGCAGUAAAGCAGGGGGUAAAACAACAAUAUUGCUGAGGUUUCUCGACAGAGAUGAAGCACCUAAACCUACUCUUGCAUUGGAGUACACUUUUGGUAGACGAGCAAGGGGUCACAAUACGCCUAAAGAUGUAGCUCAUCUGUGGGAACUGGGAGGGGGGAUCUCUUUAUCAGACCUAGUUCAGAUUCCCAUAACAGCUGACAAUCUCAGUACAUUGUCUGUGGUACUUGUUUUGGAUCUGUCUAAACCCAAUGCCAUGUGGGAGACCAUGGAGAGGCUUCUUGGUUCAGCUCGAAACCAUGUGGAUAAAGUUUGUUCAAUUCCUCAAAAGACAGGAGAAUCCAGAUCCAGCAAACAACAAAGCCAGAAUAGAGUCCCACGUGUCCUUCACAAGGACUAUCCGGACAGAGAGCUUAUUAGCCCUUUUCCUGUUCCUCUUCUCAUAAUUGGAAGCAAGUUUGACAUCUUUCAGGAAUUGGAUUCAGAGAAAAGAAAGGUUAUCUGUAAGACUCUACGCUUUGUAGCCCACUUUUAUGGAGCAUCAUUGAUUUUCACCAACAGCAAAUCCGAAGUGACGAUGUCUAAAGCCAGAAGUUUUAUUAAUCAGCUGGCGUUUGGGACUGAAAAACCAAAGUCAGUAUCUACAGAUUCCAGCAAACCUUUGAUUAUUCCAGCUGGUUCAGACUCCCUCAGUCAGAUUGGUCCCCCUGUAACAUCUGAUAUUGAUAUUGGAGCCCUACAUGCCAAAAACCCCUUUGACCUUUGGAAAAAGGUUUUUGAAAGGGUUUUUCCACCAAAGAACGCGGAGGAAUAUAUAGAGUUGAAGGAUCCUGUAAAAGACCCCCAGUACAGUGAGCCCCUUAUAGAUUCAAUGAGAGCACAAAAAGACCAGGAGCUGGAGCAGUACAAACGACAGCAAGCAAAGUCCUGGAAAAGUCUGGAACUUGACCCCUAGAUUUCCCUCAGCUGCCCUCCAGAAGCUAAGCUCAGCAUUGUAGUACAUUGUGUCACAUGGACUUUGUAACGUUUGACAGGACUUGUAACUAAAGUAUGCACAAGCGAUAUAUUUACUGUCUAUUAUAUAGAUGCAUUUUUGUACUGUUAGAAUAUAUACAUGACACUGGGCUGCAUAAUGAUUAAUCACAACUAAUCGUUUGCAUAAUAAAAGUUUUUGUUUAUUUUAUCGUAUGUGUGUGUGUACUGUAUAUAAUAAUUAUGUAUAUGUAAAUCCACAGACAUGCAUGUAUAAUUAAAAAAAAAUAUAUAUAUAUAUAUUAAGAAAUAAAUAUAAAUAUACAAAUGUAUAUACAUAUGUAAAUAUUUCUUAAAUAUAUGCAUGUGUGUAUUUAUAUAUAUAGAAUUAUUAUACACAUUACACACACAUAUAUGAUGUAAACAAAUACUUUUAUUCUACAAACGAUUAGUCGUGAUUAAUCGUUAUGCAGCCCUAUGUCAGAAUAAACAGUCCCCAGCAGUCACUGGGGCAGUACGAAAAGUACACCUUUGUACCCAAGAGGUCAUAUUAGUACCUCAGAUGUACAUGCUGGUAGCAAUGAGUGCAUAUUAGUACCUGAAAGGUACACAUCUGUUGGGACCUUUUUAAAGGAACCUGCACCAGUGACAGUUAGGGCCAAUUUUUUGCUAUAGUGUAAUGUAAAUGUGUACGAUGUAGAAUCUUUGUCAACAUUUUUUGUUACAUAGUAUAAUUUGUAAAAGUAAAUAUUGAAUGCAUACAAAUAGUUUUUAUGCGCAUAGAUUUGCACUUUAAAGCGUACCUUCAUGAAUAUCACAUUUGUCAAACCAGACACAAUAAACAGACUAAUUUCCAAAUUAAACAAAAAAAAAACUUUUAUUCAAUGUUGUUUACCCCUUUUGUUUACUGAGAGUAUUCAAAACAUUCUUAAAAAAGUGCUAUUACAAUAAAAUGUAUUGAAAUAAAAAUAAAUAAACCAUACAUUAAAAAAAAACAAUAAAGAAAAAAA